AUGCCUUUAUUUUCGACCCGCCGCCACCAUCCUCAUCCUGCAAGUUACUCUAAUACCUCCCGUCGACGAGAGCGAUAUUACCACCGCCGUGAUCCUGACCAUGUUGCUGGAGGCUACAGAGCUGCUCUUGCAAACCCAAAUACUACCAGUGCAGGUCGUCGACAUGCCAAACAUGAACUCCGAGCAAUGGGUCGAAGCACCCAUGUUCCAUUGAUGACCAAGAUUAAACGCACAUUGGGUAUUCGAAGUACUCCUCGUCGCAAACGUGAACAAGAGAAGCAUUAUGAACGAGAACAUAGGCAUCGAAGGAAGUACUAA